UGGAGCCAGAGUUUCAUCUUUCACGGAAAUUCUCCAUCUCCCGAAGGUAAUCCCAUUCGUUGCUUCGAUCUCCGUUCUUCCUGCGAAUUGCGAAUCUAUAUAAUACAAAUUCAAUGUCAUCUUCGAUUUGGGUUUCUCAUGAUUCUGCUUUGAUUCCAUUGUUACUCUCUCGUGGUAUCAUCAGCAAUACAAGCACGUAUUAGAUCUCCGCGUUUCGAUUAAUUGAUUAUUUCAACACGAUGUCUGUCAUGUUCUAUUUUGCAUAUUGAAUCUUUUUGAAGACUACUAAUGUGGUAGUAUCCGUACGGUGCAGAAUUUGAAAGUGACUUCUGAGAAGUUAGUGAGAAUUUGGUGUUGGAUUAAAGUGAUAAAAGACCAAGAAACUGUAUUAAGUCUCUGAGAUCUUGGAAUAAUGACCGUUCCAGAAAGUGAAGAGGUGCUUAAUAUUCUUCUUUGAUGUUUUCUGGAUUUUGAAGAUCGUGCAAGUUUCUUAUAUGGUUAUAAUUAUUGUCAGUAAAUGUUCUAUUGACACUAUGCAGGUUGGUUUUAAGCCCAUCGCAUUGUCAGCUAGUGAUUAUGAUGCAAGUCUUCCUAUCAAGAAAAGGAGAUUUCUGGUAGUGCAAUUUCCUCCAUCUCCAUCUAAAGAUACAUCUUCAUUCCAUUCAGACGGAAAUUUAUUGAAGGCCGAGCGGCCAUCUCCAUCUAAAGAUUUAUCUUCUUUGACUCACAAUGAAAAUUUAAUAAAGACUGAGCAGCCGACUCUAUCUGUGACAAUAGUUUCAAGUUCUAGUGCAGUCACAAGUUCUGCAUUGUCGAACAAGAACCAGGACUGUGUUUCUGACAAGAAUAAAGGAAAACCUGAUUCUGAUUCAUGUUGUGUGGAUAUAGUCCGGAAUGAUAUUGGAACGCCAGGAGUCAAGUUUCAAGAACCCAGUGUGGGAGGACAUGCUUGUAUUAAUGGUUCUGUUGAAUAUGAAGGUAAAUCCUUGGUAUUGGUAAAACAUACGGUUCAUGCAUCACCAGAGAUCUGUGGGGGGUUGAAGUCAUCGUCAACUAGCCUCAACUCUGAUCCUCUUGCUGGUAACAAAGAGGAAGAAAUUGAUGUAAAAACGCCUGAAGAAAAGUGCAGCCCUCCAAUUUGUCAAGUUGGAGGAGGAGCUGGAGUCUCGGUAGGUUUGAAGGGACAUAUGGAUCCGAAAUUAGUUCCUGAAGAGAGUGAUUUGAAUUUCCUGAAGCAUAAUUCUUUGGAACCUGUGUUGCUGGACUUUCCAUUAAACAAACAAGGAAGUAGCACCCAGUGUGUCAAAGGUAAUGUAGCGUCUGAUGGUGAUGGUUCUCUUUUGCAGUCAAACAGGGAAAAAUGGGAUCUAAAUACCUCAAUGGAGUCAUGGGAGGGUUGUACUAUUGGUGAUGCACCUGUAGUGCAGAUAUCAGCCACUCAGACGAAUAUGGCUAUCGAAACUUAUGCUUGCUCAUCUGAAAUGGUUGAAAUUGUUAGUCCAUGCGGAAAGCAAACCCUUUUAGAUAGUGAACAUAAAGGAAACUCUAUUUAUUCAUGCAUACCAUCAAAAGAGCAUCUUCAUUUAAGUCUCGAUUCAUCUUAUCAGCAGCCUACGCUUGAAGAAGAUCCUUAUAUUUCUGAAUAUGAAUCAGAUGGCAACUGGGAUAUAGCUGAGGCUGUUGAUGAUAAUGAUAAUAAUAUAGAAGAAGACUAUGAAGAUGGGGAGGUCCGGGAAACAAUGCAGGAAACUGAAGUAGAGGUCCAUGUAUAUGAGAAAAGAGAAAUUGAGCCUUUGGAUCAUGCUUGUUGUAGUGACAAAAAGAUCAAUUCUGUUGGAUUGCCCGAUCAUGAAUUUUUUGCUUUAGGCCCUCUGGAGCAGGAAGCUAAACCAGAAAAUUUGGAUUAUAGAAGUGAAGACGAUGUUCAGGCUAUGACUAAAAGUAAAUCUCGUGAGCAAGUUCAUGAAGAUCUUUGUGUGAAAGAAUUACAUGCUGUAGAGAAUACUAUUAGUGAGAAGGCUGCAGGAAGAACCCAAUUGUCUCAGUAUGAUAAAAGGGACAACUUCGUGGGCCUGGACACUGCUGACAAAAUCAUAGAUGAGGAACUGAUUCCUACAUUUUCUCAGGGCGAGGUUGAGAAUGCUGUAGCAGUAGAUGUAGUGCAGAGUAGGGAUCUAACUUUGCCUACUGUAAAGGAGUCUGUAAAUGGUGAUGAUGCAAAGGAUAUCAAUGAAGGCACUAGAAAUAGUCGGAUAAUUAAUCUUAACCGAACAUCUACUGAUUCAACUUCUUGUAAGGCAAAAUCUAGCUUUGUCAGGUCAGGUUUAUCACAUACGGAUAGAGAGUUUGUACCCAACAUGGCAGUUGAAGGAGCAGAUGUGCAACCUCAAGAAAGAGAUGACGCGUACAGUAAUAUUACCAAGAAAAUUUCUGUAGACAGACACCAGGGUCAGUCACCGUGGAUGAAUUUUAGUCAUAGAAGAGGGAGAAGUACCAAUAGGUUGGACAACCGAUCUGAGGAAUGGGAUUUUGGUCCCAACUUUUCUCCUGAAACAUUCACUGACCAGCGGAUAGAUUACCAUGUUCCUGGUCUUGAUCAAAACCGAUAUAAGAUUAUACCUGAUGGUCCAUUUGGUGGUGCUAACCAUCGUGGUAGAGAAUUGUUAGAGGAUGAGGGACCUUUUUUUUUCCAUGGACCCUCAAGGAGGAAGUCACCUGGAAGAAGACAUGGGCCUGGUGUACGAGGUGGAAAAAUGGUUAACAGAAUGCCUAGAGAUUUUAGUCCAAGUAGAUGCAUGGAUGAAGGUGGCUCUUUUGAUCGACAACAUGGUGAAAAGUUCACUAGGAAUUUUGCUGAUGACACAAUGGAUCCGAUGUAUGCACGACCCCAACCUCCAUACGACGUAGACAGACCUUUCUUCCGGGAAAGAAGGAACUUCUCAUUCCAAAGAAAAACUUUUCCCAGAAUUGAUUCUAAAUCUCCAGUAAGAUCCCGAGCUCGCUCUCCUAGCCAAUGGUUCUCUUCGAAAAGAUCUGAUAGGUUUUGUGGACGCCCUGAAUUGACACAUCGAAGAUCUCCAAAUUAUAGAACGGAUAGGAUGAGAUCUCCCGAUCAGCGUCCUAUACGUGGGUAUGUUCCAGGCCGAAGACAAGGAUUCCAUUUCCUUUCACCAUCUGAUGAAUUGAGGGAUGUGGGUCCUGCACCUGACCAUGGCCCUAUGAGGUCUAUUAUCCCUAAUAGGAAUCAGACUGAAAGAUUACCACUUAGAAACAGAAGUUAUGAUGCUAUAGAUCCUCGAGGAAGGAUUGAGAACGAUGAACUUUUUGAUGGCCCUGUACGUUCAGGUCAAUUGACUGGGUACAAUGGUGGUGAACUAGAUGACGACGAAAGAAGAUUUCAUGAGAGACAUGAACCUCUUCAUUCUUUUAAGCAUCCAUUUGAUGAUUCUGAUGGUGAGAGAUUUCGAAACAACGGGGAGGAUUGUUCUAGGCCUUUUAGAUAUUGUGCAGAGAAUGACUCCAGAAUUUCAUGGAAGAGAAGGUAGCUUUUGGGGAGAAAGACGGAGAGUUAAGGAUCUCUACCAAGGGAGAGGAGAUUGCUUUAGACUAGGCCAUUCUGUUAGUUUAAGUUAGAUGUUUUGUAGGUGAUAUUUUAUGGUGCAAAGGGGGACAUAUUUUUGUUCUCUUUUGUUUUAUUUCAUAAUUGCAAUUGUAAAGAAUUUCAUUUCUAUGCAGAAGAGUUGCUUCUCAAGUGCUAUUGUGACUUCAAACUGACUAAACCAACACUAUGAAAAUUUUGUUCUCUAAAA